GCGGGGCUGCUGUACUGUCUGGCUGGGACGGAGGGUUUCCACGCUAAGCAGGCGACUAACCACAUUAAACCCAUAAAGAGGCGGUUUUGUCUGUCCAGGAUUUGGAGAUUAUUUGUCGUUGUGUCCAACAUAACAGUCCAUCAAGUUGGAGCUCAGUGGACUUUAUUCCCUCGCUGGCUCGCAAACGCUUCAGUGAACCACUGCAGCAGCAACAGACCAAGCACGCCGCCGCCGCUGCUGUUGUUGUGAGAGAAGAAAACAAGCUCGGCGAGCAGUCCGCUACGCUGUGUGAUCAUUGACAGAGUUCAAUACACACACGCUUCAAGUGAUAACUGGUGGGAGCUUUGUGCAGCAUACCUCCGAGUCUCUUCAACAGUCGACAGCUGGAUAGAUUUUGUCGCUGAAGUCGAGGUGUUAUAUAGGUUUUUGUUUUUUAUCUGAGCCACUGACAGGCAUUUGACCAAUAGGAACAGUUUGCACAAUUUCCACCAGCUUGUCCGCUGCCCCCUCCCAAUCCAGAGAGUCUUCUGCCCCAGCAUGAAUGAAGUCAGUGUUGUGAGAGAGGGAUGGCUCCACAAGAGAGGUGAAUACAUUAAAACAUGGCGGCCUCGUUACUUCAUCUUAAAGAGCGAUGGCUCCUUCAUCGGUUACAAAGAGAAGCCUGAGGUGUCCAGUGACCACAGUCUCCCACCACUCAACAACUUCUCUGUCGCAGAAUGCCAGCUGAUGAAGACAGAGCGCCCCAGGCCCAACACGUUUGUCAUUCGUUGCCUGCAAUGGACCUCCGUUAUUGAGCGUACCUUCCACGUAGACAGCAACGAGGAGAGGAAAGAAUGGAUGCGAUCGAUCCAGGCAGUGGCAAAUAGCCUGAAGAGUCAGCAGCAGGAUGAGGAGCCCAUGGAGAUCAAAUUUGGCUCACCAAGUGACAGCAGCGGCACAGAGGAGAUGGAGAUUGCUGUGUCCAAAUCCCGCACAAAAGUGACCAUGAGUGAUUUUGACUACCUGAAGCUGCUGGGGAAAGGAACAUUUGGUAAAGUCAUUCUGGUGAAGGAGAAGGCCACCGGGAUGUACUACGCCAUGAAAAUCCUUCGCAAAGAAGUCAUCAUUGCUAAAGAUGAGGUGGCACACACAGUUACAGAAAGCAGAGUUCUCCAAAAUACGCGGCAUCCUUUUCUAACGACACUAAAAUAUGCAUUUCAAACCCAUGACCGGCUAUGCUUUGUGAUGGAGUAUGCAAAUGGAGGAGAACUCUUCUUUCACUUAUCACGGGACAGAGUAUUCACAGAGGACAGAGCAAGAUUCUAUGGUGCAGAAAUAGUAUCAGCACUGGAGUACCUACACUCACGCAACGUAGUUUACAGGGAUUUAAAGCUGGAGAACCUCAUGUUAGACAAGGACGGUCACAUAAAAAUAACAGACUUUGGGCUGUGUAAAGAGGGGAUCACAGACGGAGCCACCAUGAAAACCUUCUGUGGAACCCCGGAGUACCUGGCACCAGAGGUGCUAGAGGACAAUGACUACGGACGGGCGGUGGACUGGUGGGGACUGGGCGUGGUCAUGUAUGAGAUGAUGUGCGGCCGGUUGCCCUUCUACAACCAGGACCACGAGCGUCUCUUUGAGCUAAUCCUCAUGGAGGAGAUCCGCUUUCCCAAGAACCUGGCUCCUGAGGCCAAGGCCCUGCUGGCCGGUCUGCUCAAAAAGGACCCCAAACAAAGGCUUGGAGGCGGACCAGAUGAUGCCAAAGAUGUGAUGAGCCACAAGUUCUUCACCUCCAUCAACUGGCAGGAUGUUAUUGAAAAAAAGCUUAUUCCACCCUUCAAGCCCCAGGUCACAUCAGAGACGGACACACGUUACUUCGAUGAUGAGUUCACAGCACAAACCAUAACAAUAACUCCCCCUGACAAGUAUGACAGUUUAGAUGCAGAGGACUCAGAUCAGCGUACGCACUUUCCUCAGUUCUCCUACUCUGCCAGCAUACGGGAGUGAUCACUCAGACUCUUAAACAAGCAGGCAGGCUUACACAUGAUCACAAUCCCACAUACACACUUGCACUGCUGGGGAAUUUGAACGACACAAACAAAAACUGGCACAAGACACAUUUUCAUUCGGUCUUUAAUGCACACGCACUCACAGACACACACACACAAACACACAUAGACUUGCAGAUCAGACGUGACAGGGAUCAUAGAGUGUGAAAUGAACACACAGGCGGUGAGUGACUGACCUCAGCAGGUUUGUGUGGACAGACUGGCAGCUUAGUCUCUGUACGUCCUCUCAGGGUUGGCUUUAGGCUUCCCUGCAGGACCUCUGCUGCACUACACUGGGUACCACAUCAAAGCCUUGACACUUUGAAAACCAGGUUAUGCCAGCAAGUACCACCUCUUUACCAGCUCUACCCAUGCUACACACACACACCCACCAACCCAUGCAUAGACUGCAUAUAUAUACACACAAACGUACUUGAUAGAAUUUUAAAACGUAUAAUCAGAAUUAGGAAAUGGUAAAGAUUUGGAGGAAAAGACAAAUUUUUAUUUCAUCGAUUGUUAUGGUUUUAAAUGUAAAGCCAUAUUUCUGCAUUUUUUGCGAUUUAUUUGUUUCAUUUUUUUUAACAAGUGCUCUUUCUGGAAGUUGCUGUUACAAAUCAAGCGUGGGACUUUUCCUACAGUAGGGGGAAAUGGGGAAAAGAGGGAGGGGAGGAGAGUUGCCAUUUCUGUGUUUGCACUGCACGUGUGUGUAAGCGAAUGGACGACCGGAUGCGUGAAUGUGUGCGUGUGUGCAUAUGAGUGCAGGAGAAUGUAUGAACGACCAUUAUGAUUCUCCACCAUCCAUUUGUGUCUGUUUUUCUGCAUGUUUUUAAACUCUGAACUAUUGCUGGAAUAUCGACAAGAGAGGACACUACACGGUGCACUCGAUGGCCUUUUUUAAAAGGGAACAAGCAUGUAAUUUAUGAUUGCUGCGAGCAGCUUGGCGCUACAUUGACUCAGUCAGGAAUAGAAACUGGGAUAUCUUGCAUGGAUAACCUUUGCUUUAGAAGCUGCAUUAAUUUAACUGCAGCAGUCAGGCUCUGAGAGUCCAUGUUGUAAGUCCAGACUGACUUAUUGACAAACUAGCUGCUGGUUGGCAAGAAGGCAAGUUUUCAUUAAGGCCAGUCGCACUAUGUGUUUAAGACCGAAAGAACAGAAGGAAAGAGGAGAGUAGAGUCUAGACGCUUGACCGCAGUUGUUCCCCAACCUGUCUAGAAAGACCGAUGUAGAUGAACACAGCCAUUCGCUUUCCUCGAUCCAGUAAUUUUCAUUUUCUAGCUGAAGAGUUAGGCACCAAUCGUUCGUUGAUUUUCCAUUUGUAAUAUCUGUGUAAGUUUAAAAAAUGUUUUUUCAAAUAAGCCUCUGAGUGUUCCCGUAUUUAAAGAAUGAGAGUUCAAUCAUUGUUAAGUUAAUGAUGAGGCCAAAAAUUGACUGACUUGGUGGACGUUUAACACUUCAAAUGAUUCCACGUUUGAUGUUCAGUACCUUUGAUUUGCGUUUUCUUUAAUGCUGUGUCGAGGCACUUAAAUCUAUGUAGUUGUAUGUCCGGAGCAACAGUCUGCAGGUCUACAAUCCAACUAAACGCUGCAUGAGCUGGCUGACCAACCUUCAACCUGUAGACAGGUAGAACUAAUCACAACAUCAGCGUUGUUAAGUUGAAAUGUAAAUCUGCAUACUUUGAGUUAAGGAGGCACAUUAUUGAGAGAGGUUUUGGACAGCAUGUUGACGCAAACAUUUUUAUAUUCCAUAUUGCUGGAAGAGAUGUUGGUUGCUUUUUGAGCUUCACUAAAGGAACAUCAAAAUCUUUUUGUUUGUCAUUGUUUUGUUUUUGUUUGUUGAUUUUUGCUCUUUUUUUGUCCAUCUAUUUCUCAAAUUUUGGAAGACUCAUUGUCUUGUCUAAGUAUACAUUAUAUAAAAUAUAUAUAUUAAAAGUUUUUAAACGGC